AUGAUCCAUAAUCUUCCUAUGUCCAUGACUGAUGAGAAGCUGAAGCAGAUAUGUCGCAAUGCAACAGGCACUGCGGGUGUGAUAACGGAAUGUCGCAUAUGGAAGGAUACAUCCAAAUUGGAUGCUAAGGGAAACCCACGCUCCAAGGGUUUUGCAUUUGUGAACUUUGCUGAGCAUAAAGAUGCUCUGACAUGUUUGCAAAAACUCAACAACAACCCUGCAACGUUCACAAAUGAACGCCGACCUAUAGUGGAGUUUUCAAUAGAAAAUUUGUUGGCUAUAAGAGCAAAGGCAAAGAGGGCAUCCAACAGUAAAGGAGAAAAAUUAACAGGAAAGGAAUUGAGCGAGAAGAUUAGGCAACAGGUGAAACAAUCCAUCGGAGAAGUGCAUGCCUCUGGAAUGAAAGUGAUGCCCAAAUUCCUUGGUAAAAAAAUGCGUCAUAAGAACAUGAGCAAGACACAGUUGAAGAAAAAGAAUUUAAAUAAGAAAAAAUUCGAAAAAAGAAAACAAGAAACACUUGCUAGUGACGUGGGUGCCAAGAAAUCGAAAGGAAAGGACAAGAAACAAAUUACAAAAUAUCUCGCUUUGUCAUCAUGA